UCUCGCAUCAAACUCGAAGCCAGACGACAUUGGGGCCAAGACGGCAGUCGCGAGUCGCGAGUCUCACGCAGCGUGUAGUCAGUUUGCAGGCCGACACCGUAGCGAUCGGACGUGUGUUUCUGCGCGCAAGACGCAUUGUGCUAUCUCGUCUCAAGUAAUUGGACGAUUAGUAAGGGGCUGACACUAACACGUAGCUCCUUGUCACCUGCUCGCCAACAGUUCAAGUUCAUCGUGUUCACCGCCAAGCAAGAUCGGUCCAUUGGUUUCGCGUCCUUUGUCCGAGAUCUACGUACAUUCACGCUUUCACGCGAAAACACGAUCAGUGCUCUCGUUAGUUUUUCGACGUGUGCCUUUGUUUCUCCUUUCCAUCGGCGAAGGACAAGGAGAUUAAACGAUAUACUGGAUUUUGCCACAUCGAUCGUAGACACGCUACGAACACAUUUUGGUUCUCUCCGUAUUUUUUUUAGUACUCUGCAUCUCCGUUUUGUGUGAUAUAAAUAUACGACACGAUUACCGUCCACUCUCGAGGGAUUCGCUUGGAUUUACCCGUGGAAGAGAGAAAACGGUUCGAUCGCAAGCCGCGAUAGCAGACGUUAUUAUGACGGUGGUUCUCGUUACGUUGGUUCGACGAACGGGAUACUUUACGCUCAGCCAGUGACUAUCUCGGUGUUUCGCGGAUAAACUUUACACGUUCGACCGUUUGCCAAUCGACGAGUGCAGCGCACCGUCUGUUUUCAUCGAUCUAGAGGAGGCAAAGUGGAUCGCUGUACUGUCGUUCGAUCGUGCCCGUCAGAAUCUUUCAAAAUUGAUGUACUAAGAAGACAAAUUAUGGUGGCAGAGAUUGUCGCCCGCCAGAGUGGAUCGCCUAUCAAUGGUGAGACCGCGUGUUUGAACAGCAAUAUGCCGGCCACCCACACAAUGGCGCACGCCGGUCACGGUGUUCACGGUGGACACGACGCCCAUGGACCGUUGCCUCCGUUGACGCAUCCGGCGCACCACGGUGCUCCAUUGACUCUGCAACAGCAACAGCAACACCAGCAUCAACCGCAGCACCAACCACCGCCGCCGCAGCAGCAACCUCCGCAACAUCAUCACCAUCAUCAGCCGCAGCAGCAACAGACGCAGCAGCAGCAGCAGCCGCCGCACCACCACCACGACGCCCAACAGGUGACACACCCAGAAAAUUUCCCUCCGAACUUCGACAUCAGAAAAGAGCUAUUUUCUCAGCGCAAGCAACGGGAGUUCAUUCCGGACAACAAGAAGGACGACAGCUACUGGGACCGCAGGAGACGCAACAACGAGGCAGCCAAACGGUCCCGAGAGAAAAGGCGUUUCAACGACAUGGUACUCGAACAACGAGUCAUGGAGCUGAGCAAGGAAAACCACAUCCUGAAGGCGCAACUCGAGGCGAUCAGGGAUAAGUUCGGUAUAUGCGGUGAGUCUGUGAUCAGCACGGAACACGUGCUCGCGGCUCUACCCGCUGACCCGCCCAUCGUCAAAAGGGCGAAACUGCCAGCCUCGGCGGCUCUCCUCUACGCAAGAACACCAAGUCCUGUGCAUACUUCGGUGAUCCAUCAACCGGUCAGUGGUGCACGAUCGCCCAGGUCACCCGCGCAGCUGUACGUUCCCGAAACGACCUCGUACCCUGAGACGGAAAGUUUUCAAUAUCCUUAUCCUCAUCCGGCGAUGCACCUCGACACGACCAGCGCUCUAAACCUAUCUCGUGGUCGACGCGCUCAAUCGCCGUUUGAAUUAUCAUCCGGCAGCGGUGACGAAGGUCCGCAAUUGGUAGUCAGCUCGCAGAAUCCAGCGGCUAACAACAGUCUACCUCACAAGCUGAGGCACAAAUCGCGUAUCGGCGACAAGGACGCGGCCAGCGCGUUGCUCGCGCUUCAGGGUAUCAAACAAGAACCAGGACCAAGAGCAUCACCACCAUGGGACAACGAAGGUUCCAGCGACGAGCGUGACUCGGGCAUUUCCUUGGGCGCCGAAUGGACCGGCCCCAGCGUGUCUACCGUUCCUGAGAGCGAGAGGGAAGUGAAAUCGAGGCUGGACCGUCUCGCCUCCGAAGUUGCCUCCCUUCAGUCGAUACUCCGUAUCGGCAAGCCGACGGAGAGCAGUCUGGUCACGGGACACGCGUUACCCGCAAACGCUACAGUCAAUGGGCCGUGAAAGAGAUCGUCGUAUCCUCUUGGUGUCUUUUUUCGCAGCGAGCGAGCCAACUGUCCAACGCGUUGCUCCUCGAACUGUACCAGGUUAAGUGCGACGGUGAUCAACACGACGGCAAUUCCUCAUAUCGCAUCGAACACGGGGAAGACAAGAAAUAGAAAGUACUCCUUGAUCGCUGAUUACACGCGCACGAACGCUCCAACGAGUGUAGCGAUUGUUGUUAGUUGGUAGAAGGGAAUAGCGAUCGGACGAUCGUCGCUUGAUCUCGUUCUUUCGUCGUAGAUUGAACAACGAGUAAAGGACGACAGAGAAGGUUGGUAAGGAAUGUAGAGAAGUGUACAUUCUUAGAACAACCACUACCGGCUUUGCAUUCGCAUGUACUUCGGUAUCGACCAAUAUCGCGUGAAACAAAUCGCAUGCCGUUUUUUAUCGAUCAGAUAACGAUCACAGAUCGACUAGACGAAGCGUAUAAAAAGGACGAUAUAGCUGUUUUAUUCGGCAGUCGAGAAUCAUUGGAUUUUAGUCGGUGGUAUGCGAUGAUCAGUCGAAUCAAUUGUUGUCGGGUGCGCUUCUAUGCUUUCGAGUUGCCCCGUUUGCCAAAAUGGGACUCCCUCCAAUGUCCCGCGGUAUCGUAACGAUGAGUUAGAUGAUAAGAAAGAUGCGACGUCCUAGACUAUAAGUAAUUUAUAUUGUAAGACUUUCUUAGAAUACUUUCGUUUAAUUAUUAUUAUUAUCAUUGUUGUCAUUAGCAAGUUCAUUUGCUGAUUCGAAAAGUGCAACGGCUAAUCGAGCCGACCGUUUUAUUUGCUACUGUGCGCUAAACUCGAGCAACGAUUCGAAUAACUCGGAGACUCGAUAUUCGAUUCGUAUCAUAUCCUUGACGGCAGAGAAACGAUCUCGUUAAUACGAAGACCUUCAGAUUCGUUUGUAUUUAUCGUUGCUGAAUAAAAUUUCCUAUUACGUUACGUAUACGUAUCUCGUGAUAAAAUGUAAAAUUAUUAACGAACGACUUCGAAAAUCUUCCGAUUGACGAGAAUCGAACUUCUUUCCGUGAAAAAUACGAAUUUAUUUCCCGAUUAAUAAAUUGGUCGCGCAACCGGCUAUCUCACUACCGCCAGUUAUCCUUAACGAUUUAAGCCUCCACUCCCCUGCAUCGUUAUCGAGCAAAGCAAUAACAUCCUUGUAUUAUCGAUUCACGAUCUCUUCUCUUUCCCAAAAACCGUUCGUCGUGUUCGCGUCGACCCAUGUUUGCGCGGCGCAACAUUGGCCCGAAUCCGUGGCAAAUUUCUAGGAGGAAAGCAAAGUGUUUAUUGGUGUUCGAACGUGUGGCUUCGAUUCCAGGUUUAUUUGUCUGUCUGACGAUUCUUCUGUCGUCCUCGUUCAAAUCUCGCACCAACACGUUGCUUAAUGUCUUCUCCUUGAAAUUCAACCUUGCCGGUCGAUCCGCAAAUAACGCCAAUUCCCAUCCCGUGCGAGUCAAUUGCGCCUCGAAAACAUCGAUCGCUUUUCCAGUACAUAGCAGAGAACCUUCAUCCUUUUAUCGAUCGCGUCAACGUUUUCUUUAUUUUUUUCUUUUUUUUUUGCAUCUUGUCUAAAAUCAUCUCCUGUAUUCUUCUUCUUCUUCUUCCUUCUUCCUCUUCUUUUUUGUUAUAAAUAUACAUUCGUUAUUAGCGAUUAACGUGACCACAUAUGUAUAUAUGUACGUAUAAACGAGCAGGAGUGCGUGUGUACGUUCCAGAUUUGUUUUCUAUUCGCUGGUGCUUCGUGCAAUCGUUAAAAGCAAUUUGCACGACAAGCGAAAGUCGAGCAGAAAACAAGACGCCAACUGGUUGUUUUACGAGUCUUUUUUCCUUAUCAUUUUUUUCUUUUUUUUUUUCUUUUUUCCCCUAAUCGAAGGAACGAUGGACCGCGGGAUUUAUCAUGUACCGGGAAUCACGCGGUAUUCAAAGUAUUAAGUGAGCCUAUAGGUGUUACGUAAUGUAUACAUAGUGCACAUAUGCAAGGAAUAUACAUAUAUACAUAUACAUAUGAUAUAUACAUAUAUUUUUUUUCUUCAAAUUAACGUAUUUUUCGAUAUCGUGAGAGCAUAAGACGAAUGGUCUCUGUGUGUGUCUGCACGCGCGCAUCUGUACGUAUGCGCGCAACGCUUUGGUGUUAUACAUAAAGAAAGAGCGUAACACGAUUCUUUAUUUGAUCUAUCACCGCACCGAAGAAAUCGUGUCCGCCGGAAAAAAGAGGAAGCUGCAGAGAACGCGCGCUAAUCGGAGGAACUUUUCUUUUCGAAAUUUCUGGCGAACGCCGGAAGCGUCGAUCGAACGCGUCGUUCGUCGUUACGAUUCGAACGACAAUGAAAAUCAAAGCGAUAGAGUGCCUCGACGAUGGCAACCGAUUCGUUGUCCCGAUGUUUCUGUUACUAUUUAUUAAAGAUAAAGAGAGGAAGAUUAUUGUCGAAUCGUUCGAUCUACUCGUUCGUUGACGCCACCAGCUGUACGUCAGUAUGAUAAGCCACGAAACGUUAAUCUGAAGCUACUACAUUUUUAGGAAAAACGUACCUUUACUUAUCACGAAUCGUCGUCCGCUUAUACGGAGCCAGGUGAAAAAUUGGUAUUUCGAGCGGAGAAAGAUAAAUGUAGCAUUAAGAAUAUAAAGAAUAUAAAUUAAGAACAUGAUACAUAAUUUCUGGUAUUUCUCUGUCGAAAAUACUAUUUUUACGUGGUUCCGUCUAUGUCAUGGAAAACAAAAAUUAUCGCUUCAAGUUUUGACACGAAUAAACAAUACAGCGUGUUACUUAUUUACUAUUUGGUUGCGGCGAUCGCGCUACUUUCUGUGACGUUUAUGAUGUCGGAGAAAUGAUCACGGACUGGAGGCUCAAAAUUACGAUAGCUCGAUCAUAUUUGAACACAUCUCUGAGCAGAUCGGACGUGUUAUAGGUCUGCGGCGUAUGCGUGUUUCUUAAGGUUUUCUAAGACACAUCACAAGACUGUAUUAAUCGUAAUCGGCGUAAUUCGCGGAAGGAUCUCGUAUCUGUAUUCUUCCUCAUGCUUCUAUGCUCCCCUUUACCCUACUUUCUCUCUUUUCACUCGUUUGUAUUUUUUAUCUUCCUCGCGUGAAUUUUCUAUAUUUUAUACGGCAUGUUUGUAUUAUUAUUGUUGAUAAUUUUCUGCGAACGAUCGCCGACAACGAUACUCGAUGAAUUAGUUUUUCCUUUUUGCUGCCGCCGCUCAAACGUUUCACAGUUUUGCUCAGAGUAAAAGGGAGUCGAGUAGUGAGACGAGUUGUGUAAGAACCUUUAAUAUUUCUUUCAUCAAUCGUCGGAAAAAUGUGCUCAUUUAUAACGUAUCAAUGUAAAUAUAAUUUCUUUCUCUUCUUUUCUCUUUUUUUCUUAAUUCGUUAUCGAGGUAAAUAUAGAACACUCAGACCCAACGACUCGAUAGUCGCACACGAUGUGCAUCGUUUCGCAGUUGAUUUAAUGUAACAUACCACGAGUGCCUAUAAUAACGAAGCUGUAUGUUCUAUCCCGCAGCCCGCAUUAAAAUUGUAGAUUUUUUAACAGCUCGAGGUUAAAAGCACGUUUAUUGAGAGAGAGAGAGAGAGAGAGAGAGAGAGAGAAAGAGAGAGAGAGAGAGAGAGAGUGAAAGAAGUCGGUGUUUGGAAAAAAUCAGGUAUCCGUGUACUUUGUAAAUAACGAUUGUGUUUAUUCGUGGUCACGUUUGUGGUCACAGAGAGAAUGCCACACGAACCGUGCGUAUGUGGUGAUCGUCGCAAAGUUUUUACUCGCAAAUUCCAAAUAAUCUUUUAUCUCACGAUUACUUGCCCACGAGAAAACAUUACCUUCGAACACAGCGACCAUGAAUCGAUAUUUGUACAUAAUUGCACCUUUCUUUCUUUCUUUUCUUCUUUUGCCAAAAAGCACGCUACUCGUGCCGAUGAAACUAUGGCGCGAAUAUCGAAGGCGUUAACGAACAUCGGCCGGAGAAGGAACUUCUAACUCACAACAUUUCUGAACCAUCGUGUCUCCCCUUAUAUAUUUGCACUCUUGAAAUAGCUUCUUUGAGGACGUUUCGAAUACAGUUCCUAUGCAGUUUACAGUAUGGUAAAGCGACUUAGAGACUCGGUUGGCCGUUGUCUACGAUUAAACAUGAUUCCAAGUCGAAUUUUGAUCCUUCUUUCUCCGGCUGUACGGAGAUAUAAGUAUUUAGAUCUAAGUGACAUAUCCACAGCGUGUAGUGUACUUGUAUAUGAAUACCGAAAUAAAUAUUUUCAAUGUUUUUGACAAUA